CAGCGCCCGCCGCUAUCUAAGUGGAGGAACGGCUGUUUCCCGUCCUUUUUCCCUCCUAACGAGUCCUGAGACGGGUAAGGGAUCCAGAAACAUCUUCCCGUGUCACGUCGCUUUUCACAAUCCAACAAAAAUGAUCAUCUACAAGGAUAUCAUCACCGGCGAUGAGCUGUUCACCGAGGUCUAUAAAAUCACGGAGGUCUGCGACGGGAUGCUGUACGAGGUACAGGGAAAGCUCACUUCCAGAUCGGAGGACGUCGACGGUGCGUUAAUCGGUGCCAACGCCUCUGCAGAGGGCGGCGACGAGGGUAGCGAAGCGUCCACGGUCAGUGGAGUCGACAUUGUGCUCAACAGCAAACUGCAGGAGACCUCGGCCUACAACAAGAAGGCCUACCAGAGCUACAUCAAGGGCUAUAUGAAGGCGGUCAAGGCCAAGCUGGAGGAGCAGGGUUCUAAGAGGGUACAGGCCUUCAUGGCAGGCGCUCCAGCAGCUGUUAAGAUGAUCCUGGGGAACCUUGAUAAAUACCAGUUCUUCACCGGUGAGUCCAUGAACUGUGACGGCGCCAUCGGCCUGCUAGACUACCGCGAGGACGGUGUCACGCCCUUCUUCGUUUUCUUCAAAGACGGCAUCGAGAUCGAGAAAUACGUAAGUUACCGUGUCGACGGAGGACUGUCUGGUUCUCUGUAG